UUCGAGUCACCGGCAGUGAGAGUCGGAUGUCGCCUGACCGGAUGGUCGCAGGAAGUUUUUUUUUGUUUUGUGAGUGUUGUUUUUUUUUUUUUAACGCCGACUGACUGCGACUAAACCUCACAUUUUAUUACACGUUUUAUAACACGUUUCCAUUUCCAUUCAAUCAUUUAAAGAGACGUGUUUUUACUGACAGACCGAUGACUGAAAGUGAAUAAAGGGUGUAAAGGGAACCCGAGUCAAGCCGAGCGGAGCCGAGUCCAGCCGAGCCGAGUCUAACCGAGUCGAGCCGAGUUCAGCCGAGCCGAGCCAAACCCAGCCGGAAUCAUGGGGAACCGGGGGAUGGAGGAAUUGAUCCCCCUGAUCAACAAACUUCAAGACGCGUUCAGUUCCAUCGGGCAGAGCUGCAACUUGGAUCUGCCGCAGAUCGCCGUGGUGGGAGGACAGAGCGCCGGAAAGAGCUCGGUUCUAGAGAAUUUCGUCGGCAGGGAUUUUCUCCCUCGUGGCUCAGGGAUCGUCACUCGCAGGCCUCUGGUUCUGCAGCUAAUCAACAACAAAGCAGAGUAUGCCGAGUUCUUGCACUGUAAAGGGAAGAAGUUUGUGGACUUCGAAGAAGUCCGGACGGAGAUUGAGGCCGAGACGGACAGGAUCACGGGUUCGAAUAAGGGAAUCUCCCCCAUUCCCAUCAACCUGAGAGUCUACUCGCCUAACGUGUUGAACCUGACUCUCAUCGACCUGCCAGGGAUGACCAAGGUUGCCGUGGGCGACCAGCCGGUGGACAUCGAGCACCAGAUACGAGACAUGCUUUUGCAGUUCAUCACUAAAGACAGCUGUCUGAUCCUGGCAGUCACACCGGCCAACACUGACCUGGCCAACUCGGACGCUCUGAAGAUCGCCAAGGAAGUGGACCCUCAGGGUCUUCGCACCAUUGGUGUGAUCACCAAGCUGGAUCUGAUGGACGAAGGAACGGAUGCACGAGACAUUCUGGAGAACAAGCUGCUCCCACUGCGCAGAGGCUACAUCGGUGUAGUGAACCGUAGUCAGAAGGACAUUGACGGCAGGAAGGACAUCCGCGUCGCUCUGGCUGCAGAGAGGAAGUUCUUCUUGUCUCACCCCGCUUACAGACACAUGGCAGAGAGAAUGGGAACGCCGCACCUGCAGAAGACCCUCAACCAGCAAUUGACUAACCACAUCCGAGACACGCUGCCCGGUUUGCGCAGUAAGUUACAGUCACAGCUCCUGUCUCUGGAGAAAGAGGUGGAGGAGUACAAGAACUUCCGUCCUGACGACCCCACACGCAAGACCAAGGCACUGCUGCAGAUGGUGCAGCAGUUCGGUGUGGACUUCGAGAAGUGUAUUGAGGGAUCAGGAGAUCAGGUGGACACGGUGGAGCUGUCCGGUGGUGCCAGGAUCAACCGCAUCUUCCACGAGCGCUUCCCUUUCGAGCUGGUCAAGAUUGUGUUUGAUGAGAAGGAGCUGCGGCGAGAGAUCAGUCACGCCAUAAAGAACGUCCAUGGAGUCAGAACUGGCCUGUACCCCGACCUGGCGUUUGAAGCCAUCGUGAAAAAGCAGAUCAUAAAGCUGAAAGAGCCCUGUCUCAAAUGUAUCGAUCUGGUGAUUCAGGAGCUCAUCAACACAGUCAGGCAGUGCUCCAACAAGCUGAAUUCAUACCCCCGGCUGAGGGAGGAGACUGAGAGAAUUGUCACUACAUACGUCCGAGAGCGAGAGGGCAAGACAAAGAGCCAGGUUCUGUUGCUGAUCGACAUCGAGCUGUCAUACAUCAACACCAACCAUGAGGACUUCAUCGGAUUCGCCAACGCCCAACAAAGGACACUCGCGAACAAGAAAAGGCCGGUUCCGAACCAGGGUGAAAUACUGGUGAUCCGCAAAGGCUGGCUCACCAUCAACAUCAGCUUCAUGAAGGGAGGAUCCAAGGAGUACUGGUUCGUCCUGACAGCUGAGUCUCUGUCCUGGUACAAGGAUGAAGAGGAAAAAGAGAAGAAAUACAUGCUCCCUCUGGACAACCUGAAGAUCCGAGACGUGGAGAAAGGCUUCAUGUCCACCAAACACACAUUCGCUAUCUUCAACACGGAGCAAAGGAACGUUUAUAAAGACCUGCGGCAGGUGGAGCUGGCGUGCGAUUCCCAGGAGGACGUGGACAGCUGGAAGGCCUCGUUCCUCCGGGCGGGCGUGUACCCUGAGAAAGAUCAGGUCGAGGGAGAUGAAGGAGCUCCAGUGGACACCUUCUCCAUGGACCCUCAGCUGGAGAGGCAGGUGGAAACGAUCCGUAACCUGGUGGAUUCCUACAUCAGCAUCGUCAACAAGACCAUCAGAGACCUGAUGCCCAAGACCAUCAUGCACAUCAUGAUCAACAGUGCAAAGGACUUCAUCCACUCAGAGCUGCUGGCCUACCUGUACUCUUCAGGAGACCAGAACAGUCUGAUGGAGGAGUCGGCCGAUCAGGCUCAGAGAAGGGACGAGAUGCUGCGAAUGUACCAUGCCCUCAAGGAGGCGCUCACCAUCAUCGGUGACAUCAGCACCACCACCAUCUCCGUGCCUGUUCCUCCGCCUGUUAACGACACCUGGGUCCAGGAAGCCAGCCCCACCCCACAGCGAAGGCCGGCCACCACAGCCCCGCACCCUAACAGACCUCCGGCGGUGAGAGGUCCCACUCCGGGGCCGCCCCCUCUAAACCCCUCCCCUGCUUUUGGUGCUCCGCCCAUCCCAUCCAGACCGGGACAGCCCAUGAACGCCUUUGGGAACAGCAGCCAGGACCCAUUCAGUGCACCACCUCAAGUGCCUUCUCGCCCACAACGAAUCCCUCCCGGGGUGCCCAGCCGAAGACCUCCUGGUGCUCCCACCCGGCCCACCAUAAUCCGCCCUGCUGAGCCCUCCCUGCUAGACUAGACCUCCACUACAUUUAUACACACACACACACACACACACACACACAUCUGUGAAUAUGGGCCAACAAAGAGAAAUCAGGUGAACUCAAGAGUGGGGGAAGGAGGCUGCCGGGUUAGAACACUGGAUUUGUAUCUGUAUCUCCACGCUGACCAAUAAACCAUCCAGCUGUUUAGUUGA